UCAUGUUUCCAUACAUAUUGGCUCUCUGUUUAAGUCUCUGCAUAUAAUUUGUUAAUGGUGUUUCUGAUAACAUAGAGGUUAUAACUUCAUGUUGGCUUAUAACAGUAUAAGACAAUCAAAAAUUCAAGGUAUUAUAUAUCCUAUAUUAUUUUUUAGACUUUUGAUCAUGUAGUUGAUUCAGUGGCUAAGCGUUAUUAACAAAAUGAUAAAGAUAAGAUUGUUCAUGACAUAAGAAUAUAUAUGAUAAAAAAGUGUUUUGCUACUCUUCCUCUUGCUGAUAGUAAAUAAGUAAUUAUACUUGUUUAACACGCGUUUUUUAGAUAAUCAAAGAUUUUGAAGCUGGAUUAUCAUUUCAUGUCACAUAUAGAGAAAUAGUAAAAGGCUUCGAUUACACUCAUUAUAUUAAAGAUCUUAAAAACAAGGACUUAAUCCCAAAUCCAUAAUUGGAUGACACAAUUUCUAGUAUUGUCAAAACUCUUGAAACUGAAUUUCUUAAAGAUACUUAAAGUGAGAUCCAAUCUACAGUUCCUCCCAUUGGUGUAUUUGGAAUGAAUUUUAAUUACUUAAUUGUGUUUCCAAUUCUUGGAGGAGUCUUUUUGACAUAUUUUUUGAUUAAAGCAUUCAGAACUUUAUAAACAACUCAGAAAAAAAAGAAGUGA